UAAAAAUGGAAUAUCGAAGAUUAGGAGCCACAGGACUGAAGGUAUCUGCCAUCAGUUAUGGAAACUGGGUCAAUUCCGAUGACAAAGACACUCAAGAUCGAAAUACUAAGAUCAUUUAGAAGGCAUGGGAAUUAGGAAUCAAUUUCUUCGAUACCGCUGAAAUCUAUGGAGAUGGCAAAGCAGAGAUACAUCUCGGCCACGCACUCAAGACACUCAAUGUCUAAAGAUAAGACAUUGUUAUAAGUACCAAAAUUUUCGGAGGUGAUGGAAAUGAUUUUCCAAAUUCCAAAUAUUUAUCUAGGAAACAUCUCAUAGAAGGUACUCAUUUUCAUUAGUAUUUAGGCUUGAGAAAGUCUCUAAAAAGAUUGGAUACUCCUUAUGUGGAUAUUGUUUUCGCUCACAGAUAUGAUUAUUAAACUCCAUUGGAAGAAACUUGUAGAGCCUUUGAUUGGAUCAUUAGACAUGGUUUGGCUCACUAUUGGGGAACAAGCGAGUGGACAGCCUAAUAAAUCCAUCAAGCCAUCGGUAUCAUUUCUAUUUAAUUAUUUUAGGAAUCUGCGAUAGAUUGUCAUUGCACAAACCAGUUGUUGAAUAACCAUAAUACAAUAUGAUGGUUAGAGAUAGAUUUGAAUGGGAAUACGAAAGUGUUUUCGCCUCUGGAUAUGGAUCCACCAUCUGGUCACCACUCUACUAAGGUUUGUUGACUGGCAAAUACAAUGAUGACAUUUUGGCUGAUGGAAGGUUCAAGAACUCCGACAAUGUUUAUGUUAAACACUUUUACCAAUAAAUUCUAGGUGAUCCUGAAAGUAUGCUAUAUCAAAAUAUUAUUUAUUAGAAAGAACCAAAAUCCAAAAUUAAUUAAAAUAAUUAGGUGAAGUAGCCAAAGAGUUGGGAGUCACAUAAGCAUAACUCUCUCUCGCUUGGGCUCUUAAGAAUAAGGAUGUAAGCACUGCCAUUACAUCAGCCACAAGACCUGAAUAAUUGGAAGAGACCGUUAAAUCCGUUCAGGUGGUUAAGUUGAUCACCAAGGAAGUUGAACAAAAGAUAGAAACCAUCCUUUCAAAUAAACCCACUACAUCAUUAAACUUUAAACAGAUGGCACCGUAUCCCACAAGAAGAGAUUUGUAUGUUUGAGAAUAUACAAUAAUUAUCAUAUAAUAUUAUA